AGGGAUUGCGCAUGAUUUGUUAUCCUUCUCGUUCAGCAAAACGUUUUCCGGUGUUGCUUAAAUCAGGGUGUACAGUGACAAACCUAAACUAGGCUAAAGAACCGCAAUGUCCUGUGUUGUUGUCCAGCGACUCAUAGGUCAAAUAGUCCCGUGCAGAAAAUGUUUUUUAAAACUAGCACAUAAUAUACAAAAUCGAAGAUUGUCAGAUUUUGCUGCCGUAAAUCUUGCAUAUGAUUAUCAGCACCAGCCAAAAGGAAACUUGGAUGGCCCUCCUCUGCUUAUUAUGCAUGGCUUAAUGGGUUCUGCUUCAAACUGGGCUUCCUUAUCAAAAGUGCUGGCAACGACAGGGAGGAAGAUAAUUAGGCUAGAUGCUCGAAACCAUGGUGAUAGCACUCAUAGCGAAAAUAUGUCUUACAAGGCAAUGUCAUCAGAUGUCCUGAAAGUGAUGGAUGACUUGGAGAUAGAGAGAGCCUGUCUUAUGGGUCAUAGCAUGGGAGGAAAAGCUUUCAUGACAACAGCACUACUUCAUCCAGAGAGGGUUUCUAGUCUGAUAGUGGUGGACGUUUCCCCGGCCCCUAGUCCUGGUGCUAAGUACUUUCCUAGUUACUUACAAUGCAUGCUGAAGAUCAGCACAAGGAUGCCAGAACUAGAUCAUAUGUCAUUAUCAAAGGCCAGGGCCAUUGUCACAGAUGCUCUACAGGAGGUGGAGGAGCACUUAGGUGUACGACAGUUUUUGGCUGCUAACCUGAUCAAGGUGAAUGGACGCUUGAAGUGGAGAGUGAAUCUGGAUGCGAUUGUGAAUAACUACCAUGACCUGUCCAGCUUUCCUCAGUUUGAUACGAAGUAUGAGGGUCCCACAUUGUUUGUGGGAGGGGAGAGAUCUCAGUAUAUCAGUCCAAGCACAAAACCAGAUAUAAUGAAUCUCUUUCCGAAAGCUGUGAUUGAGCAUAUACCAAAUGCAGGUCACUGGGUGCACUCUGACAAUCCAAGGCAGUUCCUGGAAUGUGUUCUAAGAUUUCUUAAUGCUGAAGCUAAAAGACUGGAUUCAUCUGAAAAUGUUCCUAGCUAGAUUUAGUGUGUAAAUUAUAUAUUCAUUAAUUAUACAAAUAUUUAAAUAUUCAGUGCCAAGUCUUGAUCUGUAUUGUAUUUUGCUUUAUACAUGUACAUUGUAUAUGCAUAUUUUACCUCAUUGCAUUUUGUUGUUGGUAAUCAAUAUACAUUUGUAUUUUGAAAUGUUAAAAUAUUUUAUAAAAUUAAUGAUAUUC